AGAGCUAUUAAGUAAGGAUUCGUUGUCUGCUCAUGUCAGCACUGUCUUGGGUAGAAAGACUAUAUUCUGCAUUUAUUGGAGGAAAUAAAGAUCUCAGAACAAUAUUCAAGAGGGUCCAGAGUACUACUCAGACCUAUACAAGGCUGCAGAUGCUACCAGUACCACAGUAGAGGAACUGGGAUCCAGGAUCUGCUGCACAGCUGUGGAGGAGCUGGGAAGUGGUUCCUACUGUGUCUUCAGGAGGUGAUCAGUUGGUGAAAUUGAAUGACCUGAAAAUGGAUCCAUCUUCUACUGCGCUACCAGCAACCCUUAUAGAGCAAGCUGCCUCGCGGCUGGGAUGCAGCCCAGCAGACAAGAAACUCGCUUUUCACUUAGAUGAAGAAGACAAGUUAAAGCAUCUUCGUGAAUGUUUCCAUAUCCCAAAAGUCAAGGAUCUGCCUCCAACUGACCUGACCCUGGUGAACGGAGAGGAGAGCUGCAUAUACUUUGUUGGCAAUUCUCUGGGACUUCAGCCAAAAAAAGUUAAAACUUACCUGGAUGAAGAACUGGACAAGUGGGCUCGAACAGGGGUUCAUGGCCACUUCAACGGGCAGCGCCCAUGGGCACUGGCGGAUGAAUGUCUUGUGGACCUGAUGGCUGAACUGGUGGGUGCCCAAAGACAUGAGGUCGCCAUAAUGAAUGGACUAACUGUGAACUUGCACCUUCUGAUGCUAUCUUUCUUUAAGCCUACUCCAAGACGCUAUAAAAUUCUUCUAGAAGCCAAAGCCUUUCCCUCUGACCAUUAUGCUGUGGAGUCCCAGCUUCGAUUUCAUGGACUUGAUGUGGAGAAAAGCAUGCUCUUGAUUCGGCCACGGGAGGGGGAGGAGACCUUGAGGAUUGAAGAUAUUCUUGCUGUGAUUGAGGAGGAAGGGGACUCUAUUGCUGUCAUUCUGUUCAGUGGGGUGCAGUACUACACAGGCCAGCUGUUUGACAUCCCUAGAAUAACAAAAGCUGGCCAGAAAAAGGGUUGCUUUGUUGGAUUUGACCUGGCUCAUGCUGUUGGGAACGUAGAGCUCAGUUUGCAUGACUGGGGAGUGGAUUUUGCCUGCUGGUGCACCUACAAGUAUUUAAAUUCUGGAGCAGGAGGCCUCGCUGCUGCCUACAUUCACGAGAAGCAUUCCCAGAGCAUUCGACCAGCGUAAGUGUAUUUCUGUACUUAAAUAAAAGGAGCUGUG